AUGGGCCAAUUUCAAGUCCUCCUGACGACAUAUGAGUACAUUAUCAAGGAUCGUCCCAUUCUCAGCAAGAUGAAAUGGGUCCACAUGAUCAUUGAUGAGGGUCAUCGCAUGAAGAACACACAGAGCAAAUUGUCUCAGACCCUCACACAGUACUAUCACUCCCGUUAUCGUCUUAUUCUCACCGGCACUCCACUACAAAAUAACCUUCCCGAGCUGUGGUCACUGUUGAGUUUCGUCUUACCCAAGAUUUUCAACUCUGUCAAGUCAUUCGACGAGUGGUUCAACACACCCUUCGCCAACUCUGGGACAGGGGACAAAAUCGAGCUGAACGAAGAAGAAGCCCUUCUCAUCAUUCGCCGUCUGCACAAAGUCCUUCGCCCCUUCCUGCUUCGUCGUCUCAAGAAAGACGUCGAGAGUGAGCUGCCCGAUAAGGUGGAGAAGGUGAUCAAGAUCCGCAUGAGUGGCCUGCAGAGCCAACUCUACAGGCAAAUGAAGAAGUUCAAGAUGAUUGCUGAUGGUAACGAGUCCAAGGGGAAAUCCGGCGGAGUCAAGGGUCUCAGUAACGAGCUCAUGCAGCUCCGGAAGAUCUGUCAGCACCCCUUCCUGUUCGAGAGCGUCGAGGAUAAGGUCAACCCCUCUGGCAUGAUCGACGACAAACUUAUUCGGUCGUCUGGCAAACUCGAACUACUCUCUCGCGUUCUUCCCAAGUUCUUCCAUACAGGUCACAGAGUCCUCAUCUUCUUCCAGAUGACGAAGGUUAUGGACAUCAUGGAGGACUUCCUGAAGUUCAU